UGUAAAUACAAUCAUCCUUUUUUCUCUCAGUAUAGAUAAUUUAUCAUGUUCUCUAUAUUUCCCGUACUGGAGCAGCGUCUUCCAUCGCGCAGGAAAUGCUCCUAGCAAUCGACCGUGUCGCGGUCAUUAUUCGCAAUUACGAAAUGUCCAUUCCAAUCCGCAUUUUUUGUCCGAGACGGCCGUGGAUCGCACGUGAUGUGCAACCUCGUCUUCCGGUUUAGUUCUCCAGUUUCUGUGCCUCGUCUCUCCCCCAACGGCUGCGUGUUUGUGCACAUUGCCAAGCCGCGGGAGUGCCAAAAUUGUUAUGCACGUGUUUUGAAUUGCAUCGCAUCGCAUCGCAUCGUACUGAAUCUCACAAUAUACUUAUUCGUUAAAACGGCGUAUCGCAUGUCCGUGUACGUGCAGGUGAAACCAGAAACGAGAUGCAUUCCGCUAUUUAGUGUCCAUCCAGCAAAUUGUUCGAUGUCGCUUCUCAUGAAUAAUUAGAUAAUACAGUAUUUUUAUGCUGAGAAAGUCAACUGAAAGACCGGUUUUCCAGUGAUCGCACGAUAUAACCGAUGUGCAGACACAGGAACUUACGAAGAAGGCAAUUCCGUCAGAAUGAUUGAAGUGUUCUUUGUACAAUCGCGAUGAUGUAGAAGAUAAACUGCGGCAUUGAUCGCAUCAUAUGCAUGCGUGAAGUAAUUAGGAUUAUUAUGUCACUCUUCCAAAUGACCGAAAGCUUUGCGGAUAUUACACAAUGAAGAACAAUUAUGUAACGGUAAAAAUGGUGUCCGCGAGUUAAUCCUUGACAUGACGCGCAAAGAUAAAGCUUUGAACAAUGAGUUUAUCUCUUUAAGUUUAUCGACGAACAGGUGAAAGAGAAUAGAAAUGAAUGUGUUACAUUACUGUGGGAUAUCAAUUGCUUCGCGAUUGUGAAAAAGAAUUUUUGCAAUAUCUUCUUUCAAUGAAAAUGUCAUGGAAAGUAGGGAGAACCCCCACUCGCACACCUCGAGGUUGCACAACGGCUUUACCUUGUCAUCAAUUUUCAGUAGUUCCUUGAGCGAGCGGCUUAUCUUGUUGCAUGUAGAAAUUCGAACGUUAGUGUACGACGUACAUACGUUUCUACCUAUCGUCAAGCUUUCAUCUCACCAUGCGACGUAUUUGCGCAAUAUUUAUCGCGAAACGUCAGUAAGCAGGCGUUCUGUUAUCAAUGUUAUCUGUUGGUGCGAUUCCAAUGAGAUUACGAAGUGCCUUUACGCGCGGGAAUUGUUAUUCCUUUCGCAUGUCGUGGAAACCCAUUCUUCCGUUUUGCAUCAGUGCCGCGAAAGGAAUAGCUGUAACAGGAUACACUUUAGUUGUUAAGUGAAGUGACAGCCAGUGGAACAUGUCUGGAAAAGUUAACCAAGGAUUUGAGGACAAUCAAUUAGACGAAUUAGAAAGUGGUCACCGAAAAAGUGAGCCUAGCACGAAUCAGGAGAGUAAUUUUGAUCGUAAAACAAGAGGUUCUUGGGAAGCCAAAAGCAACGCAUUCAAUGCCUAUAUUUCGAAACACCGAAGAAUUUUCAAGAGUUUUAUCUUAACGAUUUUGAAUGUUCUCAUCAUAGCCUAUAUAGUCUACGGAGGUUUCUAUUGGAAAAAGAAAUUUUGCAAAGGCAAUUGCGAUUUUCAAUGGUGCAAUGGCUACGGCAUGCUACUUAUACUUGCAGGACUCACUUACAUUGGCUUGUUCUAUUUCUUGAUCGUGAAACGAUACUUUGGGAAACAUAUCAUACGUUGCUGCCGACCACUAACGAAUUCCUUCGAGCGCUUGCAAAGCACUAAGUAUGGAGCAUGUAUAGGAGCUGUAAUCUUUUAUUUGCUGGUGCUAGUAGCCAUCAUUACUUUCCUCAUUAUCGAUACUGCGGACUCGAGGUACAGAUUGAUCAGUCUUCUCGGCGUUGUUGUCAUGCUGGGACUGGGCUGGUUGUUUUCUAAACAUCCGGGACAGGUCAAUUGGAGGCCUGUCUUUUGGGGACUGAUUUUACAAUUUACAUUUGGACUCAUCACGCUUCGGUGGCCCGUCGGUCGUAGUAUUUUCCAAUGUCUAUCCGGCAAAGUGGCCAGUUUCUUGGAUUUCGCCAAAGCUGGUGCCGCCUUUGUAUUCUCGGAAGACAUAGUCAGCAAGGGAGUCUUUGCAUUUGCAGUACUGCCCGUGAUCUUCUUCUUCAGCUUCGCGGUACAAAUCUUGUGCUAUAUCGGUGCAUUGCAAUGGGUUAUUAUGAAAUUAGGAUGGAUUCUGCAAAGUAUACUGGGCACGACACUGUGCGAAUCGAUAAGCGCCGCUGCUAAUCCUUUCAUUGGGAUGUCGGAAUCUCCACUUCUGAUCAAACCAUAUAUAAGCAAGUUGACUUCAUCAGAAUUGCACGCUAUAUUAAGCUCAGGGUUCUCCACAGUUUCCGGAACGGUAUUCGCCGCUUACAUAGCAUUCGGCGCGCAACCGGCGCACUUAAUUACCGCUUCUAUGAUGUCAGCACCUGCGGCUUUGUCCUAUUCAAAGCUCUUUUAUCCGGAGACUGAACAAAGUCUCACGAAGUUCGAUAAUAUCAAGCUCGAAAAAUCAUCAGACAGCAGUAUUCUGGACGCCGCUACCAAUGGUGCGUUAGCUGCGCUGCCAAUCGUUUUAGGUAUAGUAGCGAAUAUCGUGGCUUUCAUAUCUUUCAUUGCAUUUGUAAAUGGGAUACUUUCUUGGUGUGGUGGUCUCGUCGGUUAUGAAGCUCUGACCCUCGAGCUUAUUUUGGCAAAAAUCUUCAUGCCACUGAGUUGGAUCAUGGGAGUUCCCUGGGAGCAUUGCGAAGACGUGGGAACAUUGAUAGGAUUGAAAACAGUGGUGAACGAGUUAGUUGCUUAUCAGAAAAUGGGCGAGUUUAAAAAAGAAGGUAGGCUAAGCGGAAGAGCAGAAACGAUCGCCACGUUCGCGGUGUGCGGCUUCGCGAAUCCAGGAUCGAUCGGUAUUCAACUCGGCUGCUUUUCUUCUUUGGCGCCGGAGAAGAAAGAGCAAGUAACUAACGUAAUCUUGCGAGCUUUCGUUGCUGGCAGCGUCGUUUGUUUCCUCACAGCCAGCGUCGCCGGCGUGUUAACUGACGAGAUUUCAUCAAUUUCAAACAUCACUGCGACGAGCAUCUAUAUGAAUAAUGUAACAACAGUAUUACCCGUCUCAUUCAUAUAAAUUAAUAAAUUAAAAUAAUCCCAUU